UUUGUCAGUUUUCAUCAUAAUAGUACAUGUCAAAAUAUCCAUCGUUGCUCUACGCACUUUAGUUAAUCCAAUUUUCUAUAUCGAACAUUUUAUUUGUUUUCCCUUUUGCUUCUGAAGCCAAGUUUUUGUUAGCGUAAAAAUGUUAGAUCUAUUUACAAUAUUCACAAAGGGAGGUAUCGUGCUAUGGUGGUCGAAUUCAAUUGGAACAAAUGAACUAUUUGCCUCGUCCGUGAACGCACUCAUUCGAAGUGUAAUUCUGCAGGAACGCUCCGGUUCAAAUACAUUCGACCACAACAAUUUGACGCUACAGUAUAAGCUCGACAAUGAAUUCGAAUUGAUUUUUGUCGUUGCUUAUCAGAAAAUCCUCCAACUUUCGUACAUCGACAAAUUCCUGAGCGACGUUCAUUUGGAGUUUCGCGACAAAUACAAAAAUGAAUUGACUGGCGGUGUGGCUAGAAGUUUUUUCAAUUACAAUUUCGUCAAUGAAUACAACAACAUACUGUCCGAGUCCGAGCAAUGGGCGAAAGAACAGGCAGCGAUGCCGAAGAAAAUGCGUUCCUUUAGCGAUUCAAUGAAAUCGAAGAAGACCGUUGCGUCGAUGAUUGAACGCAAGGGCGAUGAUAAAGAUGUUAAGAAAUCUGUUAAAAUUGUUGAUAUUAGGGAGGAGGUCGCCACCGUCGACGACGAUCAGUUUGAUAAGGAGGACCAAAUAUUGGCUAAUCGACGGAAAUUAGCCGAAAAAUUGUCGAAGAAAAAAGGUGAUACUAAAAAAUCCCCAAAAGUUGCAGCACCACCGUCGGACAAAGCCGGCAAGAAACCGCGCGUUUGGGAAUUGGGUGGUAACAACAAAGACAUUCCGUCAUUGGAUCGAUCAAAGGAUAGACCGGAGGACGCUCGCAGUGACUUCCGUCAUGACGAUGAAAUGAUCGGCACGAUGAAAGGUGUCAUUCAAGAUUUGGAAGUUGGAAGCGAAGAAGAACUGGACGAUGAAUCGUCUGAGGAAGAAGUGGUCAAUGUGAAACAAAGACAAGGAACUGCUAACUCUAAAUCUAAGUCUGGCACGUCGGGCAGCAUGUUUUCGAUUUUCAAAAGCUUGGUCGGUUCGAAGAACCUUUCUCAUGACGAUAUGCAGCCGGCGUUGGACAAGCUGCGCGAUCAUUUGAUUGGCAAGAAUGUGGCUUCGGACAUUGCGUAUAAGUUGUGCGAUUCGGUUGCAGCGAAAUUGGAUGGCAGAGUGCUGGGAACGUUUGACACGAUUGCCUCAACUGUUAAAACGACCAUAACGGAAGCGUUGGUGCAAAUAUUGUCGCCGAAGCGACGUGUCGACAUUUUGCGCGAUUGCAUCGAAGCAAAGAAAUCGAAACGACCGUUCGUGAUAACAUUCUGUGGCGUCAAUGGUGUCGGAAAGUCGACCAAUUUGGCGAAGAUUUGCUUUUGGUUGAUCGAAAAUAAUUUGAACGUUUUGAUUGCUGCAUGCGAUACUUUCCGGGCUGGUGCUGUUGAACAGCUACGAACUCAUACCAGACAUUUAAAUGCUCUACAUCCACCACAAAAGCAUGGAGGACGUACAAUGGUUGAAUUGUAUGAGAAAGGAUAUGGAAAAGAUGCAGCCGGCAUCGCAAUGGAAGCAAUCCGCUACGGUAAAGACGCCCAAUUCGAUGUAAUUUUAGUCGACACUGCCGGCCGUAUGCAAGAUAACGAACCGUUGAUGCGAGCCCUAGCUAAAUUAAUCAAAGUGAACACACCCGAUUUGGUGUUGUUCGUCGGCGAAGCGCUGGUGGGCAAUGAAGCUGUCGAUCAACUGGUCAAAUUCAAUCAAGCAUUGGCCGACUACUCAUCCGAUACCAAUCCGCACAUCAUCGACGGCAUCGUUUUGACCAAAUUCGAUACGAUUGACGACAAAGUCGGAGCUGCCAUAUCCAUGACCUACAUCACGGGACAACCGAUUGUUUUUGUCGGUACCGGGCAAACGUACACCGAUCUGAAGGCAUUGAAUGCUAAGGCGGUCGUUCACGCUUUGAUGAAAUAAUGGGCCGUUCAUGGUGUGGUCAUGGGAAAGUUUUUAAAACGAAUUUUGUUGUUCGGUGUUGGAAUGAAUGUAAAUCAAUUAAAAGAGACCUAUUUUAUGUACA